AUUUUUGGCCUGUACAAAGGUUUACUGCCACCUCUAGCCGGCUUCGCAGCCAUGAACGCGAUAACAUUUGGCGUACAAGGGAUGACUUAUCGACGACUUGAACCUGGCCGCAGCAGCUUGUUUUUAUCGGGCUUGGUUGCAGGUGUAGCUCAAUCCAUCGUAGUAUCGCCCAUGGAGCUCGUCAAAACUCAAAUGCAACUGCAAGGCCAGGGGAUGAGAUACAAACACGUAAUCCGCCAUACGCCAGACGAAAUGCUACGGUUUAGCGGAUCUUGGGACUGCAUUAAGAAAAUUUUCAAAAGCGGGGGGUUCAGAGGAAUAUAUCGCGGGUUCAUCGCAACUGCUCUAAGAGAAGGUCCGGCAAUGGGUGUCUAUUUUGCAGUCUACCACGAACUCUGCUCCUGGAUGGCAAAAUCACACGAGAGCGUACAUCAUUUGGGGUUGUUGCAUUUAUUACUUGCUGGAGGGGUGACAGGCUCUAUUUCAUGGGUUUCUACAUACCAUGUGGACGUGGUCAAGUCUCGUUUCCAAGCUGACAUCAAUGGAAAAUACACAGGAUUGGUUGAUUGUCUACGGCAGACAUAUAAUUCGGGCGGAGUGCCUAUUUUCUUCAGAGGGCUUACUACCGCUGUUGUUCGAGCGUUUCCAGUAAACGCAGCAACGUUGGCGACAGUUACUUUAAUAGUAAGGAAUGGGAAUGAAAUCAAUUAA